CGAAUACAUUUUAUUUGAUUUGUACAGAAGAGAAGGGCCUCCAACUGAAGCGCGAUUCCUGGCGAUUUUAGACGAUGCACCCCAAAUGAAGAUUCCUGGCGAUUUUAGACGAUGCACCACGACCGCCAUGUUCUUCUCCAUCCAGGCUAAAGGCCGAAGUCGAAUAGUUGGUUUGUCAUCGUAAGAGAGUCUGCACUCAAUUUCUUGAAAGGUCUACAUGCAGGCUUGCACUACCCACCUUAAUGCUACUGUGAGCACAUCUCUUGGACAACACCUCCUCAGCAUUAAUAGUAUUAGAUAACAUACUUCAAUAUUUGCAAAUCAUUUGGAAAAUCCUAAGCCCCUCAUUGAUUAAAGGGCAUUGAGAAUGAACUCAAAUAUGUAGAUGAACUAAGAAUAUCAUCAAUUUAAUAUGGGGGAGAGUUGAGUAUAAACCCAUGCCAACCCAUCAAGAUUUUUAGCUGGAAUAUGGCCACUGCUUUGGCGUUUUAGUUUGCUCAGUGGACCACUCAUGUGAAGACGCUUCCCUAAAGAAUGGAAGAUGAAACAUGUGAAAAGUAGAGUUUGAAGUUGUGGUCUUCAGGGAUGAGGCUGAAUCAGAUGAACGACCAAUGUGUGAGACACUCUGUUAUGAAGAAACAUUAUGAGGCAAAAGAUUGGAAAAUGUACUGCAAUAGAUAUGGUCUAGGUGUCUCGGCAAUGAGAGGCUUACAACAUCAAAAAUAACAAAGAGCUACUCAGCACAUAUAUGGUUUUGAAUUUUGAUUGAUGAGAAGAGAGCGGCGAUCAAGGCCACAAAUCUUCCUCUUCUAUCAAUGUGACAGUAAGGAACAAAUUAGUGGGAUCCUGUUGGUGGGGGCUGGCAGCGUUGGCAAAGCAGGCGGCGACGAUGGUAGAGCAGAUGGCAGUGAAGAUGGUGAUGAUAGGGAUGGCGAAGAUGUAGUAGUCAGUGAUGGCGUUGGGCGGCGGUGAUGGCGUUUGGCGGUGAUGGGGCCGCGGUUUAUUUCUUCGGAGAUCAGCCAUCCAGAAAGCUGAUUUAACGAAAUAUUGGUAUUGUUCAUGCGAAUGUUUUGCUUAAAGGAUGAGUAUUCGGUGGGAAGACCACGAAUAACAGCAUUCACCACAUCACGUUCAGGGAUCUCUUCUUUCAAGGCAUCGAGAUCCGAGAGAAUAGUUGCCACAUCAUCAAGGUAUUGUGUCAUAGUUUUGGUACCUUUACGAAGAGUGUGGAGUUUGUCCCGAAGCUGAUAAACAUGAGC